AUGGCAAAAGCGACAGCUGCAGGUGCGGCAAAACAAGCUUUCCAUGGAUAUGAGUUCGGUGGGCCCAUAGGUGCCUUUGGCGUCAGCUUCGGCCUGCCUAUUCUUCUCUACAUAUUCACAUUUGCCUGCAACGACAUUUCUGGCUGUCCGGCGCCCUCCCUGCUCGACCCUACGACGCUGGACCCCGAAACACUAAAGUGUCAGGUGGGCUGGCCGGCGGAAGGCGUCAGGGGACUGGUCAGCUGGCGCAUCACUGGUUGGACAGUGGCAUACUAUCUCUUCAGCGCAGUUCUCUACCGCGUCUUGCCAGGGACGGUGGGCGAGGGCGUCGUGCUGGCAAACGGGGGCCGGCUCAAGUACAAGUUUAACACGCUCAACUCGUCCCUCUUCACGCUUGUUAUCUGCCUGGCGGGAACAGUCGCCCAGGGCGCCGAAUUUCCGCUGUGGACUUUUAUGACGGACAACUAUGUGCAGCUGCUGACGACUAACAUUCUGAUAUCGCUGACACUGGCUACAUUUGUUUACGUGCGCAGCUUCGGCGUCGUCCCCGGAAACCGAGACCUGCGCGAGCUGGCCGCUGGCGGGCAGUCUGGCAACGUCAUGUAUGACUGGUUCAUUGGACGGGAGCUCAAUCCCCGCGUGACGCUACCUCUGUUGGGCGAGUUUGACAUUAAGUCGUUCAUGGAGUUGCGCCCAGGCAUGCUGGGCUGGAUACUGUUCAACCUUGCAUUUGUGGCCAAACAGUAUCGCUCGUUUGGUUUUGUGACUGACAGCAUUGUCUUUAUCGCCGCCGUGCAGACGCUGUACGUGCUGGACAGCGAGGUGAUGGAGCCGGCGCUGUUGACCACUAUCGACAUCACCACUGACGGCUUCGGCAUGAUGCUGGCCUUUGGUGACUUGGUGUGGGUGCCAUUCAUGUACUCACAGCAGACGCGGUACCUCGCUGCACAUCCAGUCUCGCUCGGCUGGCUCGGCGUGCUCAUCAUGGGCGCAGUGCUGGCGACUGGCUUUUCCAUCUUCCGGCUGGCCAACAUGGAGAAGAACCGGUUUCGGACGAACCCGGACGAUCCUCGCGUGGCGCAUCUCAAAUAUAUCGAGACACACACGGGGUCGAAGCUGCUCGUGUCGGGGUGGUGGGGCGUGGCGCGGCACAUCAACUACUUUGGAGACUGGAUCCAGGCUUGGCCGUACAGCCUGCCGACCGGACUCGCGGGCUAUGCGAUCCUGGCAUCAGAGGAGGCGGCAACAACAGCAGGCGGGCACCCCGGCGAAGCGGUCUUUGCCCGCGCUGAUGGGCGCCAUGUCGUCGGCGGUAUGGCUCGGGGCUGGGGCAUGAUAUUUACGUACUUUUACGUGCUGUACUUUGCCGUGUUGCUGGUGCAUCGAGACAUGCGAGAUGACGAGAAGUGUGCGCGCAAGUAUGGAGAAGCCUGGAAAGAGUACAAGAAGCGGGUGCGGUGGCACAUCGUACCAGGUCUGUACUAG